AUGACUCAAAGCUUGACCAUGACUCAAAGCAUGACCACAGCAAAGCAUAACCAUGGCUUAAAGCAUGACCACAACUUAAAGCUUGACCUUGAUCUGAAGCAUGACCACGACCUGAAGCAUGACCAUGGCUUAAAGCUUGACAAUGACUUACUUUUACAUGACAUUGAACACGACUUAAAGCUUGACCACGACAAACUUGAUCAUCACUUAAACAUUGACCACGACUCAAAGCAUGACCACGAUCUGAAGCUUGAACACAAGCACCACGGCUUAAAGCUUGACAGUGACUUAAAGCUUGACAUCGAACGCGACUUCAAGCAUGACUACGACUUCAAGCAUGACCUAAAGCAUGACCAUGGCUUAAAGCUUGACCUUGACUUACUGUGGCCUUGGCCUCUGUUGCUUCUUUGGAUCUCUGGGUUGUUCUCUAAGGAGGUUCAGCCCAAUGAAUAUGACUAUGUAGGCUUUCAGCCGGAGAUGGUUCGGAAUUAUCGUGGAAGGUUUUAUUCAAGGACACCCCAAUGCGAGGACAUUCCUCAAGAUCUUGCACUGUGCCAUGGCGUGGGCUACAACAAGAUGGUGCUGCCCAAUCUUUUGGACCAGGAAACUAUGGUGGAAGCGAAGUACCAAGCCAGCAGUUGGGUUCCCUUGCUGAGCAAAAACUGCCACCCAGGUACCCAGGUGUUCUUGUGUUCACUCUUUGCCCCAGUGUGCCUGGAACAGCCCCUCUACCCAUGCCGAUGGCUCUGCGAAGAGGUGAGAGAUGCUUGUGAGCCAGUCAUGCAGUUUGGCUUUUCUUGGCCAGAAAUGCUUCGCUGUGAGCAGUUCCCGAGGGAAGACGUCUGCAUAGCCUCACCAAAUGCCACUCAGGCCCCACAUCCACGUAGAUCAGAAGUUUGCCCGCAGUGUGACAGCGAGAUAAAAGCCGACUCUCUCUAUGAACAUAUGUGUGCCAGUGAAUUUGCCUUGAAGGUUUCUGUGCGGGAAGUGAAGAAGGAGAGCGGAGACAGAAAGCUAAUUCUGAAGAAGAAGAAGGCACUGAAUAAGGGUCCUAUCCAGAGGAAGGAGUGGGGGGACCUGGUCCUUUACUUAAAGAAUGGCGCUAACUGUCCAUGUCCCCAGCUGGAGCAACUGAACGGCCAGUUUCUGGUUCUGGGGCGCAAAGUGAAAAAUCAGCACAUUCUCACCGCAAUCCACAAGUGGGACAAGGCCAAUCGCGAGUUUAACCGCUUUAUGCGCAGAGUGAAGAAGACCAAAUGUCCAAAGCCACACUCAGUGUUCAUGUGAGACUGUUUUCUCAUUUAACGACAGAGCGCGCUCUCCCCCAUCACACGCUGUUUCUGCUGCUGGAGCUGGGACUCUGAAGCAGAUCGAAGCACUGAGAUGGUGACAAGGGGGACAUCAGCUUCACUCUUACCCUCUAUGUCCCACAGACAAUGGGAUAGGGACACCCUCUGAGACAUUUGAGACUAAAAAGCAGAGAAACGUAUGUCACUCGCCUGUAGAAACCAGAUCAACAUACUGUACAUACUAGUAGUCUGGGAAAACUUAAAGGGUCAGUUCAUCGAAAACUAAUAUUUCUAAAUUGGGAAGACACCAGCAGAUGUGAUCAACUUUUUAUUUUCUAUAUCUCAUAAAGAUCCUGGUGGUAAGAUCUCAGCAAAUGAGUUUCUAACCUGCCUAUCUUCCAUGGCCACUGUGAGAGGGCCUCACUUUAUUAGAUAUUUUUUAUUGUUUUUUAUUGUGGGACUCCAGUGAGAAGAUCUUUCAGCUGAAUAAUUUAAGAAUGCAGUUAGUGAUUGAAAAUGAGUUUUGGUUGGACUGGCCCUAAGAAUAUUCCUAAUAACUUGGGUUCAGUUAAAUUAAUUAACUUACACCUUUAAUUGAAAACAAUGCAGAUGAUGUAUUUUAAUUAAUGCAACAGCAGUGAUGUGGCUGUGAUUGCACAGAAUGUGUUCAUACAUUCAUUUAUUAAAGAAUUGUUUUGGUAAAAAA